AUGGACCUCAAAUAUUACGCUUACAUCAUAUUACUCAUUCACGCAAACAUCAACCCAGCCCAAGCCGAAGACGCGGGAACAUACAGAAUGACAGAUCGAAUAUUCACCUGCAGCAAGUGGCUAUCAUCGAUUAUUGAUAACUUUUGUAAUAACGUCUACAAAAUUGUCAAACGAGAUACGUCGUUAUUGAUGGAUAAACUCGCACCAAGAGAUCUACAAAGUGUCAACAGACGACGCUUUCUCGCGGAAGAGAGAUGGCGGCGCGUGCGCAGACAAGUCGCAAGUGAAUGUUGCGAGCGACCGUGCACAGUGAGCAACAUCAUCAUGUACUGCCCGGACGAUGCCAAACUCCUACAGGAGAACCCCAAUAUCUUCGAUUAA